UUAAAUAUAAAAUAAAGCAUAUAUAGUGAGUAAAAUCAGCUCUACCUCAGUCAUAGUGUCUCGAAGCACAUGGAGCUGGAACAACUACAGGACACUUUGUUGCGACAGCUCCUAACUUAAUCACCAUUUUUUUGUCUGUUUUAAGUUUAAAUUUCAGGUUUUAACUGUUUUUCAUGUGAUUUUGAUUCUGAAAUUAGGCCAUAAACGAAUGAAAAUCCUAAUUUAAAAGAUCCACUCACCCUUUCUGGGUUCUGGUGUCACAAAUCAGAUUGAAAACUGACACAGAAAUUCACAGAAAUGAAAUUCAAAGUCUUGCAGAUUCCACCUUUGUGCACAGAUCUAAGGUUCUACUAAAGUAAUUUUACUUUAUGCUAACUUUUGCUUCAACUGUCCUACAUGUCAGAGAGAGAAAAUGGAUUUUAUACUUUACUACAUUUACCUUUAGUCACAUUAUGGCAGAUUUUAUUAUUAAUGCAUAGUACAAUGAAUUAUCAGUUCCCCCCUUCCAUCAUCCAUUCCCAGCCAAACCUCUCUCUCUCUCUGUUUCUCACUCUCAUAGCACCAGGUUGCCAGUUCUUAUCCUCUAUGGCUGUAAGUUGGUGCCGGGCUGCCAGUUGUAGUAUGAGUUUGACAACAAUUUGCUCUCUUUUUGGUACUGAGAUGCCAGUUUCACUCAUCUCUAUCCCCCGCUUAAACAACUUUGGCUUCUUCAGGCACCGAGAUGCCAGUUCAUUCAACAAAUCUGGUCCCCAUUCUGGCACCGAGAUGCCAAUUUAAGUCAUCUCUCUCUUCCUAUUCAGCAAAUUCACCUCUGAUUCUGACACUGACAUGCCAGUUUCACAAGCCUCUUUAUACCUCGUCAACAGUCCGGUUCUUACAUUUCUGACACUGUGUCAAUGACUUCUCUCAGGUUCAUACCCUCGUCAACCUUCUGUUUAAAUUCCCAACAAAGGUGCCAGUAGUACAUACCUUCAUUGACCACGCCAACAAGUUGCCCAAGAGACAUCCAAAUUAGUCAACCGAACCAGGUUAAGAUUGGAAUGUAGAUUGAACGGUAAAUCGAAAGCUUUGCCUUCCAGCUUAGGUUCCUCCUCAUCAAGACGGUUCAAUACAGCUGCUGAUGCUGCACCAGCCGCCUGCCCAUCUCAUGCUCCAUUCUUUCAUCACUCAUGAACAAGAUCCCAUGCAACGGUCAGCUCUUCAGUCAUGCUUCUUCAUAGGGUUUCAAGUUCAACCCACACCAUCAUUUUAAUUGCACAUCUUGUCCUGACUAAGCUUUCCCCCCCACACAGCAUCAACUCAUCUCCGUCAUCACCAACAUAAUGAUCCUUUGCAUGAAAUAAACAAUUAAGGUUCAAAUUAAUGGCAUAGUCGAAGCUAUUAAAUCUAAGGAUUCAUCUAAUUGCAAAGCAUAUGUCCCUUUCUUCACUCUGUCAAUCAGCAGAUGCUUUUGGUUAAGCUGUGAAGUGACCUGUCAGCUGCAAAUGAUACUUUGUUAUGACUCAGUCUUCCCACCAAAGGCCAGUGAUGAUCAGACAGCUUUGUCAAACAUAUAGUCAAAAAUCAGUUCUGGAUCAAAAGUUGGAGUCUUCAAAAACUUCUUAAGAAAGAGUCUUCAAGCAGUCUUCAGAGUCUGAUGCAAAUAAUAUUUAUUCAAUACAGAGGCUGUAAGAACAAACAGGAGCAAAAUCUCGAGAUUUUAACUGACUACACAAAGCGUUUCAUCGCCUUAUAUACCCAUGCAAAUUUUUCCUUAACACUCCCCUUCCAUUCUGUAAAACCACAACCCAAUCAGGAUGUGAUGUAAUCAUAUCAAAAAUUUAACCACCUCCUCUUUUUUAUUUCUUCCACGUUAGCAUUAUUUUUGCUUAGCUCAGCGUGACCUUGGCUUCAACUCACAUGUGCAGACGAAGAGAGGAUGUGCACUUCAACUCUUAAUGCCUUAUAUGAGCUGCAUAGGCUUCUGUUGGGUUGCAGGUUUCACAGGAUUAUUUAGUGUAUACCUAAAUUCCGUUGUCUCGUUAGGCCUUGCAAUUUUAUCAGUUUGUUCUAAAAUCUGAUUUACACAUCCUAUUCGUCUAAUUUUACAAUUUGUUCAAUCUUAAAAUGCCACAAUGUGUUAAUCUGUUGUAUUCACCUCAAAGAUUACAGCAGGACUCUGAAAAUCAUCUUAUGGCCCCUCUCUUUGGGAACCCUUGCUCUAAGGUGAAUUAUUAAAGGACAAAAACAAGACGACAAUAGAGAAUAGAUUUAUAUUCUUUAGUAAUCUUGAACUUAUUAGACAGUUAACACACAUAAUCACAGUUCAAGCAAUAGUGUAUAAGACUGAUGCUCAUUCUCAUUCAGUGCAGAUAUUCCAGUUCAGAAGACAAUGUUGUUUGGGAGAAAACUGGCACAAGAGAAGAAUCUGAUAGUCCUUCUUCUACUUGCCUUUAACAACAGCCACUUCUGUUCAGGCGACAGGUUUACUGGUUCCUGCAAUCCUUCACAGAUCUUCAAGUUGGCAGAGUCUCUGAGAGGUGAAAUGGUGCAGCAAGGAAUUCAGAUGGACCAGAAUAAACUCAGCUGUUCGAUCUGUUUGGAUCUACUGAAGGAUCCAGUGACUAUUCCCUGUGGACACAUCUACUGUUUGGACUGUAUUAAAAACUGCUGGGAUAGACCACAUCUGGAGCAAGUCUACAGCUGUCCUCAGUGCAGACACAUGUUCAGACUGAGACCUGACUUAAAGAAAAACGCCGUGUUGGCAGAUUUAAUAGAGGAGCUGAUGAAGACAAGACUUCAGUCUGCUGCAGCUGAUCUCUGCCAUGCUGGACCUGGAGAUGUGUCAUGGGAUUUCUGCACUGGGAGAAAACUGAAAGCUGUGAAGUCCUGUCUGCAGUGUCUGGUCUCUUACUGCGAGCAGCACCUCCAGCCUCACUAUCAAUCUCCUGCAUUUGAGAAACACAGGCUAGUUGACCUGUCCAAGAAGCUUCAGGAGAACAUCUGCUCUGGUCACAAUGAGGUGGUGAAGAUUUUCUGUCGCACUGAUCAGCAGUGUGUCUGUUAUCUGUGUUCUGUGGAUAAACAUAGAGGCCACAACACAGUUUCAGCUGCAGCAGAAAAGAACGAAAAGCAACGGGUUGUUGGGUUGAAUCAAGUGCAGAUCCAUCAGAGAAUCCAGGAUAGAGAGAAAGAUGUGAGGAUGCUUCAGCAGCAGGUGAAGGCCAUCAAUCAGUCUGCUGACAAAGCUGUAACCAACAGUGAGGAGAUCCAAGGUCUGAUCCGCCGCAUUGAGAAAAGAAACUCUGAUGUGAAGCAGCAGAUCAGAUCCAAGCAGACAGAUGAGGUGAGAAAAGUCAGAGAGCUUCAGGAGAAGUUGAAGCAGGAGCUUGUUGAGUUGAAAAUGAGAAGCUCUGAGCUGGAGCAGCUCUCACAAACAGAAGACCACAUCCAGUUUCUGCAGUUAUUCUCAUGUCAUAUCUCAGUGAAGCCACAAACCCACCCAACAUCACUGGUGUUCACCGUCUGCAGUACUUUGAUGUGUACAGUGGAUGUGUCAAAAACCAGAGAUAAACUACAGGAUAUUCUGAAAGAAGACUGGACCAAGACCUCAGCAAGACCAGAGGAAGUUUCAGGAUUCAAGAUUCAGUCACAGAGAGCAGAGUUUAGUUCAGAUAGAUUGAAGACCCUGUCACAGUCAUUACAGGAGCUUUCAAAUUUGAGAACUGAGUUAAGGAACGCAAUGGCUGUUGCCCCAUGGCCGACCCUGUCACCAGCAGAACCAAAGACCAGAGCUGAGUUCCUACAGUAUUCACGUCACCUCACCCUGGAUCCAAACACAGCACACACACAGUUAGUGUUGUCUGACGGGAACAGGAAAGCAGCAGUGACGAGACAGAUUCAGGUAUACGGUCAUCAUCCAGACAGAUUCAUGGAAAAGCAGCAGGUCCUGAGCAAAGAGAGUCUGACUGGACGUUGUUACUGGGAGGUUGAACAAAGACCAGCUAUAGUCUCAGUAGCAGUCACAUACAAGGGCAUUAGCAGAACGGGACCAGAAAGUGCAUUUGCGUACAACAAGAAAUCUUGGGCAUUAGAAAAUUCAAACAUUUUCGUUCAUAACAGAAUCCUGACUCUCAUCCGUGGCUCUCCGUCCUCCAGAAUCGGAGUCUAUCUGGAUCACAGUGCAGGUAUUCUGUCCUUCUACAGAGUCUCUGACACCAUGACUUUGCUCCACAGAGUCCAGACCGCAUUCGCUCAGCCUCUCUAUGCUGGACUUGGAAUUAAUGGUGUUGGGUCUGGUAAAUUGUGUCAGCUCAUUUACACAGAUGUUAUAAAGGAGGCAAAGAGUGAAAAUCUGUUUGUGUAAAUUGAGUUUGUCUCUGUGCUGUGGUGUUUCUACUCUGCAAGUACUAAAUAUCUGUUACUGAGGGCUGACUGGAGUGAAUCUUUGAGUUUCUGCAGGCAUAAAAACCAUGUCAGUCAAAGCAGAUGUUGCCCUCAAAGUGUGCAGCUGCAUCAAAUAGAAUGAAAUUAUGAGGACGGAGAAUCAAACUUUUUAGAUCAUUUUCAUUUGUAACUCUGAAAAUACUCACAGUAAGAAGGUAAAAUGUUGCUGGCCUUGAUUAAAUGUGCUAAAGUUAUUGUUCAUGACGUGGGGAAAUUAGUUUCUAACACUGUUGUGUUUGAGAAUCCUGAUUGGCAAUGGAAAUGUUGAUCAGUACAAAAAAUGUAGAUUAACAUAGCUGAUGAUUCUUAUUUCGUUUACUUAAAUGGUUAAGAAUGUAGACCUGUAUUAUUAUUAUGACCAAUCAUCAAUAAGGACAACACUGAUUAUCUUUUUAAACUAAGUGAACAGACUGGUGGUGAAUGAAACUAAUGAAAAAAAUGUCAGAAUUUUUUGAUUUGAUUAAUGAAUCUAUUUAAUUUUGCCUGAAACAAGUAAUGUCUCAUGAGUUUAUCCCAGAAAAUCAGUGUUUAAAAAGGGACAUUGUCUGUAGGAUUUCUGUAUUAUGAUGAUUUAUCUAUUGUAAAAAAAAAUUAUAAUUAAAAAUGUUGUCAAAACGGGACAUUUUUGUGUGUUUAAAUGGCACAUAAACAGAAAAAUGAGGCCCUUUUCCAAAAAAAAUUACAGUAAAUCUAUAAUUCCAAAUAAAAAUCAACAUUAGCUGUUAUCUUAUGGUGGAUCUAUCGUGGAAACUUGGACAUUUUUCUCAUUGUAAAUCUAAAGUGUAAAAGGACAAAAGUUGAAAAAGUCAUUUUAACUUGUGAUUAGCCUGCUCCAAAAUGGAGUUUUUUUGUCAAUUUUACACCAACAAUAAAAAAAAAAUCGAACUAUUCUGUUAGGUAAUGAGGUACCAAUGGGGAUAAGAAACUUGUUGAGCAAAGAAAAAUCUCCUACAAUUAGAAACUGUUUUUAAAAAAUAAUUUGCAUAUCUUCUACAUUUGUGUAAAAAUCCUGAACUAAAGUAAAAGAGAAAUGCAUUUUUUUUUCAAAUCUCUGAAUUAUUAGAAGCAUGCUGAUUCAUUACAGUCAAUCUGAAAAUCAGAAGGAAACAUCAUCAGAGACACAAGAACAAAGAUAAACAACAAAUUCUGGACAACUUGUCCAGUACUUGGACUACUGUCCACCUACAUUUGCUUCGCUCCAUUACAAGAUCAUUUGUUGCUUUCUGUUCCGUAUGUUCAUACUGAACCAGGUACAAGGCUUUUGUUUAUUCUGCACCUUCUGCAUGGAAUAUGUUGCAGAAAGACUGGAAAUCAACCGAGUACUUGAGGCCGUUUCCACAACAUGCACUUGUUUUUUAUAACUUGCUUGUAAACUUAAUAAAUGUUUUGUUUGUGUUUUA